CCAGGCCGCCGCUCCCCAAGUCCCCGGCAGGCCCCAGCCGCCCCCGCCGCAGGGCAGCCCCAGCGACCCGGGGGCGGGCACCCACCCCUGAGGCGGGGGUCCUGCGGCUCGGCCCCGCCCCUGCAACUCGACCCUGGCUGCGACCCCCCGCUCUGACGUCUCGGAAAAUUCCCCCCUGCCCCCGUCCCCAGGGGAGGGGGUGCAUGGUAUGAAAUGGGGCUGAGACCCCCGGCUGGGGACAGAGGGACCCGCCAGAGGUGAGCGCAGAGUUGGGGACCAGACGCCUUGGUCCCUGGGGUAGGAGAGGCCUGGGGGCCUAGAUUCCCGAAAGACUGGGGGCCAGGGCUCCUGGUCCUGAGGAAGGAGAGGACUGAGGUCCCUGCCUUCUGUUCCAAGGGAAAAGGGGACUGGAGACCAAGAUUCCAGGGUCCUGGGGAAGGAGAGAGCAGGGGUCUGGACCCCUGGGUCCGAGGGAAGCGCGGGUUGGGGCCCAGACUCUGGAGUCCCUAAGUGCCACCAGCUCACCUUUUGCCCUUUCACCUCUCUUGGCCCAGAACAUUCAGGACGAGCCUCCAUGGAUUUGUGGAACUGGGAUGAAGCCUCAUCACAGGAAGUGCCCCCAGGGAACAGGCUCUCAGCAGGAACCGAACUCGCCUUCUAUUUCCCUGAACUGGCACUUCAAGGCGACCCUCUGACAGCGGAGACAAGCUGGGAAGGGCUCCCACAGCUGGACUGGGGCCCCGAGUUACCACAAAUAGAUGCUCCAUGGGGGACUGAGCCCGCCCUGCCACCUCUUGCGUGGUCGGCAGACUGGACGGAUCUGGCGCGUCUCGGCUGGGACCCUCGGAGCCCCGCCUCCCAGGCCCUGGGCCCCGCCCCUCCCGACCCGGGAGCCUCCCACUCCGCGGGCUCUGAAGGGCCGGCGGACGCGGACUGGACCUGCUCCGCCCGGGGCGCCACGUCGUGGUCGCACGCCCCCGCAGCUGGGAACUCCCGGCGCUGGGACUGUUCUGUCGGCCCCGAUGGCGCCACCUGCUGGGGCAAGGGCCUCGGCAGGGAGCCGCGCGUGGACUAUACCAUUUCGUGGGGCGGGCCUGCGGGCUCGGACUGUACCAACUCCCGGGACCUGGGACCGCAGACGGCUUGCACCGCCUCUUCCCAGAGGCACCAGAAUUCAGGCUGCACUUCCUCGGAACCAAGCCAGCAGUCGGAUCGUGCCACAUUAACCUGUUGCCCCAAAACCAACCACCGAGGUCCCAUUCAGCUGUGGCAGUUCCUCCUCGAGCUGCUCCGCGAUGGGUCGCGCAGCAGCUGCAUCCGCUGGACGGGCAACAGCCGCGAGUUCCAGCUGUGCGACCCCAAAGAGGUGGCGCGGCUGUGGGGCGAGCGCAAGAGGAAGCCGGGAAUGAAUUACGAGAAGCUGAGCCGCGGCCUGCGCUAUUACUACCGCCGCGACAUCGUGCGCAAGAGCGGUGGGCGCAAGUACACGUACCGCUUCGGGGGCUGCGUGCCCGGCCUGGCCUAGCCCGACCGCGCGGUGGCGGACCGGGAGCAGUGACCCAAUAAAAAAUAUCCCGUCAAGGCUU